AUGUUUAAUACCAACAAUAAGAAAUGCCAAUUGAAUACGCACAUUAAGAACAAAAACUCUCUUCACAUUGACACUGAUCCAUUGGGCAUUUCCUUUUAUGAGAGCGACCUCAAACAGGGCUCUGCUCAUGCCAUCGUAUCGCCUGUCUUGACCCACCCCAAGAAGCAAUUACAACAGCCUGAAUCACUGUCACCGUUCCCGUCACCCUCAUCCUCCUCUUCAUCACUUAACGCAACAUCACCAACAGCUACAUCCUCCCAUCACCACGAAUCAAAAUCAUUUCCGCGACGAGCCGACGUUUCCCGCAACAAGUGUCAACUGAAUCGUCCAAGCCAAUCAAUGCAAUCCCCCUCCAGAAUAUCUGCAAAAUCAUGGGAGAGCAUCAAAAGCCCCGCUGCCUCCUUUCUUGCAGGAUUCGCAUUGUCUCCAGUGCCAUCGCAGGAAAGGCAGCCAUUGGAAGAUGAGCAAGAAGGCGAUGAGAUUGAUGACUAUGUCUUGGACAAGAUCAUUGGCUAUGGCGGCUUUGCUACAGUGCGCAAAGGGUUCCGAGUAUCUGAUGGGCAAAAGGUGGCCAUCAAGAUCAUCCGAAAGAACUAUACACCCUUGGAGCAGAACGACAUUGAUUUGCGCUUGGAAAGAGAACUGUCUAUCUGGAAAACACUGGAUCACCCCAACAUUGUCUGUCUGGAAAAAGUGUUGGAAACAGAUGCUGCUACAUUUCUGAUCUGCGACUAUUGUGCCAAGGGUAGUCUGCUGGAUAAACUCAAAUCACCCAUGUCUGAAGAGGAAGCUCGUUCUAUCUUCUUGCAACUGUGCUCUGGUGUCCGAUACUUACAUGAAGAAGCCAAAGUGUGCCAUAAAGAUCUCAAGCUGGAGAACAUUCUCAUUGAUCAAGCCAACAAUGCCAAGAUUUGUGAUUUCGGUUUGGCCAUUUGUCAACAGCCCGUCAAGGUGAAUCCAGCUACCAACUUGCCACUUUCACCUGAUAUCGUCAAUGAUCUUGACUGUGCUGCCGGCUCUCUUGCAUAUGCUGCACCUGAGCAGAUCAAAUCUGCAAAGGCCAUCUCAUGUCCGUCCACUGAUAUUUGGUCUCUCGGCGUCAUCCUGUAUGCUCUUGUCACUGCUCGAUUACCAUUCGCAGAUGACUACGAUCUUCGUUUACAGCAAAAAGUACUGGAUGGACAAUAUGAAAUGCCUUCAAACAUAUCCACUGAACUUCAAGAUCUGAUCAAAUGUUGUCUUGAUGUCAAUCCAGAAACUCGUUUCAACAUCAAUCAAGUCAUGCAAUCUGCUUGGUGUACCCUAUAA